CUCGCGCGAUGAGACUUGAAGCCUCGGGAUUUCUUUUGAAAGCCAGGCGGAGGAAGCUUGCAGACAGUUGACAGCUUUGUGGAAGGUGGAAGCAGCGACCCGGGACUGUCAGGGGAAAAAGCGCGACUGUUGUGCAUUUUAGUGAAUAAGAGGGUGAAUUUUAAACUGCUCUCCAGACCUAUACGGUUCUACCGGAACGUGACAAAAGUAGCUGUGCAGAAGCCGUGUAGAAGACGUGUAGAAGAAAGAAGACGCUGUUACCAUAGUAACUGCCCUCCCUUCUCAAGUCUGCGGCUCGCUCAGAGCAAGGGGCCCGGUUUUUCAAGAUGAAUAUGAUGAGCUUCUUCGCUAUGCAGUUGUAACUCCAAGGUUUGGGCCUCAUUUCCCUGAGCAAAAUCAGCUUUUCACUGAACAAAUUAAAAGUGACAGGUUUUCAACUCCAAAGGACCCUGUGCAAGAGCAAUCUCUAGCAAGAAAUUAUUCGGAGGAAAAUAUUCCAGAGUGUUCAGCAACGAGUACUUCUCAACGCAGGUCUCCCCCAACAGCAAACGAGGAAGAAAGAGCCAUGUCGGAAAAGAAGAGCUUUCUGUCAGGUUUGGAAGCGUUCUCGCCCCUUCAUUCUGAAGACCUUUCCCUAGGGGGCUCCACAUCUUCAGGCUCCCAGGUGCAGCAAGUGAGGGUAAAGGAGCUUCCAGUUCCUGCUGAAAAUAUGGACAAAGUGGAAGAUGUACUAGAUCUAUGGAGUGGGACUCUAAAGACCAAUGUUAUGGCAGAGUUAAGCAAAUGGAGACUUACCGUCAUUGAGCAGCAUAAACUUGAAAUCAAAAACCAGAACGAAAAGCACGCUGAACAAAUUUCACAGCUGAGCAGACAAAUAGACAAACUACAGGAUCAUCUUCAGACCUAUGAAACAUCUAUACAGAGAAAAGAUGAGGUCAUUUCUAACUUAACCCACGCUUUAGAGAAGCACAAGGAGAAAAUGGAGCUCAUGAGGACAUUUACACACUGGCGACUUCAGUUGACGGAAGCAAGAGAAGAGGAUUAUGCACGCAGCCUGGCUGAUAGACAUUACAGGAACACGCUGAUGAAGAACGCAUGGAAGGCUUGGCACUCUGUCAUUCAAUCAAACUGGAAGGAUAAAAUAGAACAAGCCUGUCGGGCACGAGCUGAAGAAGUUUGUAUUGAACUGUCCAAUGAUUAUGAAUCCAAGCUGACUCAGCUGAAUAGUGCCCUGGGCGAAGCAAGAGCCGAAGUGCAGAGACUCCUGGCAGAAAGGGGGCAGUUUGAGGGCUCCAUGAAAAAAGCCUUCAUGCGCGGAGUCUGUGCUUUAAACAUGGAAGCCAUGUCUAUGUUUCAAGGAAGGGAGAGUCGAAUGGAGUAUGAUCCACCUCCCAGGAGAGAAGAACGGGAUCCCAGCCCUUCAGUUACCUUCCAGAAUCCACCUGUUACCAGCACUCACACCAGUUCAACCCAGCAUGAGCUUCAGUCUGCCCUGCACUCGCCUGUUACCUGUGAGCCAAAUUAUAUUCAUGCCUUUGGCCCAUCAACUGUCUCCCAGUCUAAGGAAGAAGCAGGAGCCUCAGCUGUAAUCUCUGCUGCAACUUCAACCUCAAGUGUUUUAUCAACACAAAAGCUGCCCAUGCCCAGAGUAGUCACAUCGUGUCAGCAGAAGGCUGGAAAGAUCAUCACUGCACGUAUUUCAGCUCGGCCUGAUGUGUCGCAGAGGAGCAGUAAGAUUGGCAGCAACAUCACCUCUAUGGCUGUUUCUCCACCUAUCAGCUCUAUUGUGGUUGAAAAGCAUCACCCAGUAACACAGCAAACGAUCUCUCAAGCCACUGCUGCUAAAUACCCUCGGUCAGCUCUGCAAAGUGCCAAUUCUGUUGGCGGGAGGAGCACAGGGCAGAGUGGAAGAGUCUCACAAUCUCACGCUGGAAUUCACUCCAUUAAAGUCGUGGACUGAUUCACUUAGAAGCACAGAGCGUAAUAUGAGUCAGUUGUGAGGCCGCCAUAAAGAAUAAAUCGCUUCAUCUGCUGAAUCUUGUGCACUGGGAACUGCACCUCUCAUACUCGUGUGCCAUAAUAUGUAGCCAUGUUGAUCAGUGUGAUGCGUGUACAGUAUUUAUAAUACACAUUCAGAAAUCAGAACUUGAUUAUUUCAUGAAUGCAUUGCUAUUGAUUGUAGAUUAAAUUCCCCAUUAAUUGGACCAGGGCAUCACUUAAAAAUGUACAUAUUUAUUUUUCAAGUCUGAGUUGUAGCUUUUUUUUAUGUGUAUUUUAAUAAAGAAUGAUUUUUGUA